AUGAAGAUCGCGACCCUCCUUUUGGCAGCGGCUUCCGCUGUCCUGGCCGCCCCGGCAGCUGCCCCAGCUCCUGCCCCAGAAAGCGAGCUUGCAGCCCGACAGACCAACGUCAUCUACCCACACGCCACUUUCCGUUACUGGAUCAACACCGGCGAGGUGAAAGAAGACCCUCAGGACCAGCUGCUCGUGGUCAAGGACGGCAAUCGAAACAACGAGUCAAGCACGAUCGUCACGUUCCGCGUCGGCGAAGAGUAUGAGGGCCGCACCUGCAAGCUUCUCUUUGACCUUUGGGACCGCGACUGGUCAACCGGAACUCAACAGAUGGAUGUCUUUUCCGUCAUCGACCCUCCCGGGCAAUUCACCAUUUUGAGCAUCCCGAGCGUUCGUCCCGCAUCCAGCCGAGAUAAGCACAAGGGACGCAUCUUGGCUCCCAAGCCCGGCAGUGCGACGUGGCUUCAGGCCUACGACGGAUACCCCGAGUUCCCUUGCCCUGUAGGGAAGCUGAUGGGUAUUGAAUUUGUUGGUGUGGGCGACCGUGUGGAAGUCCGUUGGGACAUUGGUGUGACGGGACCACGCCUCCAGCCAUUGUAA